CUCAUUCGUACCUGGAAUUUCACGGAGUACGGAAGGGAAAACAGACGAAUCGAGAGAAAAGCCGCGAUCGUCGUCGGAUUUAUUGCGAGAGAGAGAGAGAGAAAGAGAGCAAGCGAAUCUAAAGUUGUAGCCCCACCAGUGCUUCGCGAGUGCAUUUUGUUGCCGCUUCACACCUUUCUUGCGCGUCGAGAGCUCUCGGUCUUUGCUGGUGUAUCGUAGUCAGACUUUUGCUUGCCGCGUGCGCGCUCUCGUUCUCGCUUGGCUCCGACGACUCUUUGGAUAUUAUAUUUGCAUUGCACGCGACAGCCACCAAAAAAGAUAGCGAGCCCGCGGAUAUAUUUCACGUGAUUUGGCAACGGGAUAUGUGAUGAAGUCAUCUGUGAAGCAUGACGGUAAUGGACAAAAGUCUGAGUCUGACGAAGGGCCCGUAGAUUUCGAAAGGGCGAUCGAAUUGACAGGAUAAGCAUUAUGUGGGUCAUUGAUUAUUCAGGGCUCUGUCGUGUGUGUUUUCCAACAGUUGACUUUUCAAUUUGCCCACACAUACGGUAAUGUACUGGCAAUGGAAAAUUCAACUACCUGCUGCUGAUGGCUAUGAUUCCCGUUUGCUGGGCGAACGUCUAUGGCUCAACCUCCAUGUCCUAUGUUCUACCAUCGGCAGAAUGCGACCUCAAACUCACCAUGUUCGACAAGGGUCUGCUCAAUUCUAUGUCUUUUGCAGGAAUGAUUAUAACAUCGUUUCUGUGGGGAUUCCUGGUUGAUGCAUUUGGUCGUAAACAUAUUAUGGUCUAUGGAUUUUUAGUCACUGCCAUGUGCAACUUCACAAGUAGUUUUAGUCAGGCAUCUUGGCAACUAGUUCUCUUCAAAUUGAUCGAUGGCAUUGUCAUCUCGGGACCAUACGCCGCCUUGCAAUCUUACUUGGCGGAAAUUCACGGCACACAACUCCGAGCUCAAAUGUACAUGUGGCUGGGAGUGUUAUUCGCUCUUGGCAAUAUCUCAUUGUCGUGUUUAGCAUGGCUAAUCAUACCUCACAAAUGGGAAUUGGGUUCCGGUGAUGGAUCGCUGACGAUAACAUCUUGGAGAUUGUUCCUCGCUCUCUGCACGCUACCUGGUUUAACCGCAAGCUUAGCUUUGUGCUUUUUCCCCGAAAGUCCACGUUAUCUCAUUGCCCAAAAACGUCAUGACGAUGCACUUGCCGUUUUUAAGAAAAUCUACUCCAUCAACACUGGAAAAGAUCCUGAAACCUAUCCCGUUAAAUAUCUCGAGGAAGAAGAGUCAAUAAAGAUAACAGGUGUUAGCUUUAAGCAAACUCUCAUCGGUAGUUUGAAGCAAAUACAGCCAAUUUUCCUUCCACCUAACGUCAUAACACUUGUUCUAACUGCCUUCAUCCAAUGCGGCGCCACGAUAGGGUCUAACACUUUAAGGCUAUGGAUGCCUAUGCUGUUUUCCAUGAUCGAAACCUACGAUCAAAACCAUGCUAAUGGACCAGCCACGACGAUGUGCACCAAAAUCGGCAGCGCGAUUUAUCAGAAUUCAACGGUAUCUAAUACUACAACCACCGAACCCCACUGUAUCGAAAACGUAGUCAACUCGAAAGUGUAUAUCAACGCUAUCGUUAUAUCAGUUGCGUCGGUUAUCGGCUACAUGAUCGCAAAGAGUCUAGUCAACAUUAUUAGCAAGAGGAUCUUGAUGGUGAUCUGUUUCGCCGGAGCUGGCGUUUGCUGCGGUGCCCUUUAUUGGGCAGAAAAUUCAAAAGGAAUCCUUUAUACGUCUGCUGUGUUCGUGGCGUUAUCAAGUAUUGGAGGCUCAAUUGUAAAUAACAUUGUCGUGGAUAUAUUCCCCACUGCUCUGAGAACUAUGGCCCUCAGUGUGACGAUGGUCGUUGGCCGUAUGGGAGCAGUUAUAGGAAACUUAUUAUUCCCAGUUCUGUUCGAAUUGGACUGCUUAGGACCUUUUAUUAUGAUAGGGUCUGUCUGUUUAGUAUGUUCGACACUAGUUAUAGUUCUACCAAGGAAAAAGGCCUGCUAAUGGAAAACCGCCAAAGAGCAACCUUUUAGAUUUUUAAGCUUCAUAAGUUAUUUAUACGAAAACUAUUAUCGUAUAAGAAAACAGCGUCGCGAACUCUUAACUAUAGCUUAAAACUUGCGUCACGGUCUCCCACAUUACGUUAUAGACCUGAUUGUGAUAAACGAUACCUUAGAAACUUUUUUAAAUAUGUGUUCUCAAAAGUGAGACUCAUUCAUUGUAAAUAUUACAUAGAUCGAUAGUUAGAAGACGUAUCAAUCAAUUCUACAGUUCAUUUUGUAAUUAUGUGCCCAUCCUAUUAGAUUUUUCAUACGAAUCUCUAGAUUGUUUAAACAUCGACCUCGAUGAUAACAGUAUUGUUGAGAUUUAAUAUAAAUAUAAUUUUUAUACGUA